AUGAGCACAAUAACCACAAGCACGAGCAUGAGCAUGAUAAACACGAGCAUGAGCAUGAGCACGGACACGGGAACCAUGGGAACCACAGCCACCAGCAGGGUCAUCAUCACGGCCACGGCGGACCUCAGGGUGGUCCCAAUCCCCAACAUCACGGUGGUCCUGGCGGUCAUGGACAACACCACGGUGGGCAUGGUGGAGCAGGUAGUCAUCAGGGAGGACAUGGACGGUAGACAUUCGGGUGCGGGGUGA